CACCACCCACACAAGGGCGGCCUGUUGCUGCCCCUUCUCCUCCUUGGCGCGCCUCCCGGAGCGGCUUCGCGUGCUGGAGAUCUCCGGCGCGUCUCUGGACGGCCUCGCGGUCGGCGGCGCCGUCGCCGCGUGCCCCAGUCUCGCCGACCUCACUCUGCUCAAGUGCCAGUGCUCUGGCUACGUGUCCAGCGCUGCCGCCUUGACUUGGUAGCGUGCAUAGCAUCUUGUCCGAGCAGCUGUCUCUGCGUGGUGUCCAGUGGAGCUGGGGCAGCACCCGGUGAUGAACAUUGCGUCCUGUGGUGGUUCCGAUGCGAGGGAGCCUUUUCCCGAGGUCGAUCUUGCUGAAUUCUUCGACAGCCACCCAAAGAUUCGCUCGCAAGUUUGAGAUCCAUGAUGCAAUGCAACCCCGGUGUGCGUCCCGAUGGUGCCCGUCACCUGUUCGACGGAGUGCUCGACCCAGGUCGAUGCCGUCGACCAAGCCCAUGACGCCGCCACCGUCGCAGCGGAGGUUCGCAACACCACAACUGCGCUCGGCCCCGAGCUCGCCAUCGUCCUCUGCAACACCACGGCGGCCAUCGGUGUAGCCACCUGUGGUCACCACGACAGGUUCCACGGCCUCAACAUCCCCGUGACAGCCAACAUCAGCCCGCCGCCCCACGUCUAGGCCAUCGUUUUCAAGCAAUGGCCGAGCAGUACCAGUGUGGCCAGAAUUACCCAAGUGUGAGCUUCCGGAUUAAUACUAUUCUACUAUUGACAAUUUUGCUUUACUGGUGACUAUCACCGUUAAUGUUGUUUGUUCAUGGGAACCUAUUGAGCAUCAGUUUACAACUGUUCUUGAUCAGGGGCAUUGGAAGUUUUCUGAACAUGCUGCUGCAGGUAGUUUUCCUAAGCCUAAAAAAAGGCCAGAGACACUGCGGAUCACGACAAUGUCAGUACUCAGGGGCAUGUUCUCCUGCAAGGUACGUGGUGGUGGUUCAAUUAUUUGCGCAUUCCAUCGGAGAUCUUAUUCGUACUGUUCACAAGAGGGCAGGGCAGCCUAGUACAGUGGAGUUCAAAGAAUUUAAGAGCAACAAUUGUCCAUGCUUUGGGCUCCAAACCAGAGGGAAGUUUGUUGAUACUGAUUGAGUUGGAGACGUGCAUUACAUAUCUGAAUUCAUGUGCAGUCAGUGCCUCUGGGAACUAUAGUCAUUGGCGUUUCUUUGUUCGGUUUGAGAGGCUAUGGGCUCCUGGAACUAAAGAAGUGUCUGAUGAUAAUGUUACUGGCCAGUCUCGGGUGGGCGGCUUUCAGUACACCAGCAGGUGCACUGACACGCUUACUUUCUCAGCAACUGCAGAAUAGCUAUGGGAUUGAGAGCGCAUUCGAGCUAUUGGUGCUCAUAAUGCAGCAAGCUUGUCGCUCUACGCUCACUUAUUGUUUAUCGCAAGCUGGACAACUCUAUUUCUCUGUUGGGUGAGCAGCACUGGCCAUUCCCUGAACCUGAUGUGGAUGCCUGCAGGCGUGAAGACAUACAAGCUACAAUCGAGGGGUGUCCACGGUGGUAUUACUCAUGUGAUCUUCCCAGUGCUCCAGUUGCCGUUUCGACCGAAUACCCUACCGGUGAUGUGCAUAAGUCAUGCGAUCCUGGGAGGGUCACAAGGCAGACUUCUGAUAUUCAACUGUCGCAGAUUCUAAUGGCAAUGGUAAUCAGCAUGAGCGCACCGGGCAUGGGUGGUAUGGUGUCCUCUUCCUGCUACAAUCAAGGACAUUUCCAAGGAAGGUGGGGUGUCGUCGCUGUUGUUGCCGGCUUCGUGCAAGGCUCCGUCGACAGCUUCAACGACUACUUCAGCAUCUCCUUCAACUCGGUCGCCAUCGCCCACAGCUACUACCCCCACGUCGUUCAAGUCAACGCCAACUUCCCCUUUUACCUUUCUUCCUCCUCGGCUCCUCUCGAGAGUGCUUCCUCCAUUCGUGUACCGAUGAACUGUAACCUGCUACUGCAACAGAGAGUGUAGAUCGAACCCUGUGUCCAUCUAUUCCCUUACACUUCACCAGCCAACCAUUACACAAUUGCAGUCACACCAUGCUGAGCAGAAGCUGAUCACCCUCGAGUCCCUAGCCAGGUACGGUCCAGGACUGCGGAAGAUGGUAAUUAGGACCUCCUCCAAGGUAAAUAACUGCCUCCAUUCAGUGCUGCAAAACUCUUCAUUCUGUUUCUUUCUCCUUGUUUCCCUGCACCGACAACUAGAUACAUACGUACGCACUGAUGGCAGAAGCUUGUCAGCAAAAUCAACACCAUUCAGCUUUGGUUACUCCAUCAAAACAGUAUCAUAACAUCCAUAGGAGUUUGCUGCUUAUUAUAUAUAAGUGGCUUCCCUCUCUGCAUAGCAUAGCUUCCCUCCUAGCACUCACCUCUUGCAUUCCAUGCCCAACACCAAACUGUGAGCUAGGCUUCAGAGCUCGGAUCAGCCAUGGCGAUCGGAGCUGUGCUGUCGCAACAAUGGAGCUUGUUGCUCUCGCUUGCGGCGCUCGUGGCUCUGUGGUGGGCCUGGAGGGUGCUGGAGCUGGCCUGGGUCACCCCGCGGAGGCUGGGCCGAGCGCUCCGGGCUCAGGGCCUCGGCGGCAGGGCGUACCGCUUCCCGUUCGGCGAUCUGCAGGAGUUUUCCCGGCUGGUCGCCGUGGCCCGGUCGGAGCCCAUGCUGCCGCCGUCGCACGAUAUCACAGCGCGGGUGGCCCCUCUGUACCACAGCGUGAUCAAGGAGCACGGGAAGAUCUCCGUGACCUGGUUCGGCCCGACGCCGAGGGUGAUCGUGAACGAUCCUAAACUGGUGCGGGAGAUACUAGCCAACAAGUCCGGGCACUUCCGGAAGCGCAAGUUCAGCAAUGGCAUCGUCAGGCGGCUGGCCAACGGGCUGGUGAGCCACGACGGCGAGAAAUGGGCCGCUCACCGGAAGAUCAUCAACCCCGCAUUUCAUCUUGAGAAACUCAAGAAAAUGAUGCCCGCUUUCGUUGCCUGCUGCAAUGAGCUGGUAGCUAGGUGGGAGGAUCAUGUGGGAUCCGAUGAGGCCAAGGAGAUUGACGUGUGGCCGGAGUUCCAGAACCUCACCGGCGACGUGAUCUCCCGCGCGGCGUUCGGCAGCAGCUUCAGCGAAGGGAGGAGGAUUUUCCAGAUACAGUCGGAGCAGGCCCAGAAUGUGGUGAAGAUGCUCAACACCCUAUACCUCCCAGGUUUCAAGUUCUUACCAAUGCAGCUCAACAGACGGGUGAAGGCGAACGCGCGCGAGGUCGAGUCGCUGCUCAAAGGCAUAAUCGGCAAGAGGGAGAUGGCCAUGAGAGAAGGCAGCGCCAGCAACGAUGACCUGCUGGGCGUGCUGAUGGAGUGCAACGCCGCGGAGACCAAGGAAGCCGGGAGCACCAAGCCCAUCAUGACCAUGGACGACAUCAUCGGGGAGCUCAAGCUCUUCUACUUCGCCGGAAUGGACACCACCGCCGUGCUUCUCACCUGGACGCUGGUCGCGCUGAGCAUGCACCCCGAGUGGCAGGACCGGGCGAGGGAGGAGGUCCUGCGCGUCUUCGGGGACAAGGACCAGCCGGACCUGGACGGCAUAAACCAGCUCAAGGUGGUGGCCAUGGUGCUGCACGAGGUGCUCAGGCUGUACCCGCCGGUGAUCCAGUUCGACCGGCAGACGUACACGGAGGUGGAGCUGGGCGGCGUCAGGUACCCGCCGGGGGUGAUCCUCUCGCUGCCCAUCGUGUUCCUCCACCACGACCCGGACGUCUGGGGAGAGGACGCCGACGAGUUCAGGCCGGAGAGGUUCGCCGAGGGCGUCUCCAAGGCGUCCGGGAGCUCGUCGUCGCCGGCGUUCUUCCCGUUCGGGUGGGGCCCACGGGUCUGCGUCGGCCAGAACUUCGCGCUCAUCGAGGCCAAGAUGGCGCUGAGCAGGAUACUGCAGCGCUUCCAGUUCGGGCUGUCGCCGUCCUACAGGCACGCCCCAUUCCCGGUCUCUACCCUGCAGCCUGAUCAUGGCGCGCCCAUCAUGCUCAAGAAACUCUAGCCGCAACAUGUCUUAAAAUAAAUCUCAGCAUAUUGUAAACCAAGAGAGAUAAUGAGAGCUAGUUAUAAAUCUCAACAUGUAUUUGUUUGUUUUCUGUGGGUUUUGUUUAAGAGAUUGUUAUCAGAGGUGAUCCUCAAAUAGAUUGUUUUCAUCCAUCA